AUGGUGGACUCCGAAGGGACCUGUGCUGGAGCCAGCCAGGAAGGCUUCCUGGAGGAGGCGGGGCUUGAGACUGACUCAGAAGAGUAUAGGACCUCUGAGCUCUUGGAAUGGAAGCUGCUGGGAUUGCCCUGGGCGCCCACCCGCGAUGUCCUGCUGGUCUCCGCCAUCAUCACCGUCAGCCUUAGCGUCACUAUCAUACUCUGCGGCCUCUGCCACUGGUGUCAACGCAAACUGGGCAAGCGCUACAAGAAUUCCUUGGAGACGGUGGGCACGCCAGACUCAGGGCGUGGGCGCAGUGAGAAGAAGGCCAUCAACGAUCUAGACAGAGACUUUUGGAAUAACAAUGAGAGCACAGUGCAGCAGAAAUGGAGCUCCUACCCUCCCAAGGAGUUUAUUCUAAACAUUUCACCCUACGCCCCUUAUGGCGACCCACGACUGUCCCUCAAGUUGCCUGCAGGAGGGAAGGCAGUGAACACAGCUCCAGUGCCCAGCCAGACGCCUCACGAUGAGUCUGACCGUCGGACCGAGCCACGCUCCUCUGUCUCGGACCUCGUCAACUCCCUCACCAGCGAGAUGCUCAUGCUCUCCCCAGGCUCAGAGGAGGACGAGGCCCACGAGGGCUGCAGCCGAGAGAACCUGGGCCGGAUCCAGUUCAGCGUCGGCUACAACUUCCAGGAGUCCACGCUCACUGUGAAGAUCAUGAAGGCCCAGGAGCUGCCGGCCAAGGACUUCAGCGGCACCAGCGACCCCUUUGUCAAGAUCUACCUGCUGCCAGACAAGAAGCACAAGCUGGAGACCAAGGUGAAGAGGAAGAACCUGAACCCCCACUGGAACGAGACCUUCCUCUUCGAAGGUUUCCCCUACGAGAAGGUGGUGCAGAGGGUCCUCUACCUCCAAGUCCUGGACUAUGACCGCUUCAGCCGCAACGACCCCAUUGGGGAGGUGUCCAUCCCCCUCAACAAGGUGGACCUGACCCAGAUGCAGACCUUCUGGAAGGAUCUGAAGCCAUGCAGCGAUGGGAGUGGGAGCCGAGGGGAGCUGCUCUUGUCUCUCUGCUACAACCCCUCUGCCAACUCCAUCAUCGUGAACAUCAUCAAAGCCCGGAACCUCAAAGCCAUGGACAUCGGGGGCACAUCAGACCCCUACGUGAAGGUGUGGCUGAUGUACAAGGACAAGCGGGUGGAGAAAAAGAAGACGGUGACCAUGAAAAGGAACCUGAACCCCAUCUUCAACGAGUCCUUUGCCUUCGAUAUCCCCACGGAGAAGCUGAGGGAGACGACCAUCAUCAUCACUGUCAUGGACAAGGACAGGCUCAGCCGUAAUGACGUCAUUGGCAAGAUCUACCUGUCCUGGAAGAGCGGGCCUGGGGAGGUGAAGCACUGGAAGGACAUGAUCGCCCGUCCCCGGCAGCCUGUGGCCCAGUGGCACCAGCUGAAGGCCUGAGGGGGCCAAAGGAGGCUGAGGGGGCCAAGGGACCGGGUCCCCAUCAUGCCCUCACCACUUUAUGCACAAAGCCCGGCCUGGCCCCCCUGCCAUGGGUGAGGGGAGGACCCUGACGGCUUGGCCAGGGAGGGGUCCUGGAAAUCAUUAGGGCCCCAUUUCUAGGAAGAACCAGCCCCAUCCUCCACCAGUCCAGCUCUGGGGGAGGGGCUCUGGGAGCCAUUUUCCUGCUUUGCCCCUUUCCUUCCUGACUUGCUGAUACUAAAGAAGUGGGGGAGGUCAUGAGAGCCAGACGGGCAGACAGGCAGAUCCCUCCAGAGGCCCGCCAGGUGGGCACAGUCCCCCCGUUUUCUUUAAGGCAGUGCCUGGAGUGGAGAGAGGCUGUCCCCUCCC